UUUAAACAGUUUAAAUUAUGGCACCAAAGAAGAAGCAAAGCAGCUCACUUGGUCGAGCUGUUAUCAAGUCACGUUUCCAAGGACAGAAAGCCUUUGGCGUUGAUGAAGGCAAACUUGUAAUGCUUUUUUAGUUCUAUUAUGAUCUUGAGCUAACUUCUUUUUUCUCUUUUCCAGCAACACACAACAGACAUCGAUGAGGGACCAAAAUGGGUCAAAAUGCAAAGUAUUACUCAAGAGAACGAUCUCGAAGCUUUUCUGAGCACAGCUGCCCUUGCUGAUACUGAUUUCACAGCAGAGAGACUGAAUGUAAAAGUUAUUCAAAACGACUACACUAAUCCAUUGCUCAUGGACGAUGACGAGGACCAAAAGCGACGUAUUGCAAAGCAAGAAGCCAGUAUAGAUCGACUCUCAGUUCCACGCCGACCUCAUUGGGAUAAAUCGAUGACAGCAGAACAAGUACAGCGUAAUGAGCGCGAGAGCUUUUUGAACUGGAGACGAUCUAUGGCACAGUUAGAGGACGAAGAAGGGCUGUUGCUUACACCAUUCGAAAGAAAUAUUGAAGUCUGGCGUCAGUUGUGGCGAGUCAUUGAGCGAUCUCAGUUAGUUGUUCAGAUUGUCGAUGCACGUAACCCACUCUUGUUUCGAUCUGCUGAUUUAGAAAAGUAUGUAAUCGAAGUUGAUGCAGAAAAGAGAAAUCUGUUGUUGAUCAAUAAGGCUGAUUACCUCACAGUCGAUCAGAGAAAGCAAUGGGCAGAUUAUUUUGAAUCAAAAGGAAUUGAGUAUGCUUUCUUCUCAGCUGCUUUAGCUGCAAAAUCUAAACUGGAAGAAGAAGAAAAAAUGAGAGAAGAGGAACUGAAGGAAGCAAAGGACAAGGAACAAGACAAUGAAGGAAAAAACCAGGAAAAGCCAAAGGAAGAAGAUUCUGUCGAAACCAUUUCAGACUAUUUAUCCAGAGCAUCACUUAGCCAUACUCAAAAUGACGAUGAACGCAUACGUAUCCGUACAACAACAGAUUUGCUCGAUUUAUUAAUCGAAAAAACACCUGCUUCUAAAGAUGAAAAGAUUACAAUUGGUCUUGUGGGAUACCCCAACGUAGGUAAAUCCAGUACAAUUAACGCAUUGAUCGGUGAAAAGCGAGUGUCUGUUUCUUCGACACCAGGCAAGACCAAGCACUUUCAAACAAUUCACCUUACACCCUCUCUCAUUCUCUGUGAUUGCCCCGGCCUUGUAUUCCCCACCUUUUCUACUACCAAGGCAGACCAAGUCUGUAACGGUGUGUUGCCCAUUGAUCAGCUUCGAGAACACGCUGGUCCAUGUGGACUUGUUGCUCAACGUAUCCCCAAAGCUGUACUCGAGGCGACUUACGGUAUUCGUAUCCGUACUGUGCCUGUUGAAGAUGGUGGUACAGGUAUUCCUACAAGCUCUGAACUGUGUUCGACAUACGCUAUUGCUCGAGGCUAUUUCAAAUCAAGCCAAGGUAACCCUGAUGAAGCACGUGCAGCAAGAUACAUCCUUAAAGAUUAUGUGAAUGGCAAAUUAUUAUUCUGCCAUCCACCACCAGGCGUAGAUGCAUUAGAAUUCAACAAAGAAAUUCAUGAAGCAGCACUUAAAGUGUUCAAGAAGGCAGCACCGACCACGCGAGUGCCUUCGAGUGCAUUAAACUAUGUUUCACCUGCUCAGGGCGGAACAAAGACAGCAGCUGUUGAUAAAGCGUUCUUUGAAAAGCAGUUAUCAUCACCACACAUCAGCGGAAAAGGUGCGCUUACAGGAGGAAGAGUGACAUUAUACCCUCAUCAGCGUCUUUUAGCAGAUGAUGGUACACCGCUGCCCAUGACGAGAAAAGAACGCGCAGCUAUUGUUCAAAGUCAAUUGGGUGAUAUGGGCUCAAAAAAGCACAAGAAAGGGAAAAAGCACGUUAAGGUUAGGAGUGGAGCUGGUUAUGACUAUAUGUAAAUUUUACCUUGUAUAGAAUAAAAAAAUUGUAUGCAUAUAUACACAGCACAGAGUGUCUUUCUUUUAUGAAUUAUGA